GGAGAAGCUUAACGCGACACGCCAACAACCAGACCGAUUCCGCCCUUCGAUGUCCGCCCGACCUGGAAUUCUUCUAUCAUUAGAGUAGCACCUGCUCAUCCUCCCACUCAUUUCUUGUCGGCCGCAUACUCCAGUCCACACGAGUCGCAACCAUGGCUCCGGCAGUCGCGAAAGCAGCACCGCCGGGCUCAGGCAUUCCGCCCAAGCCCCAGUCGAUCCCUCCUAACCAGACGCUCUACGUGCGCGGCGUUCCGUCGGCCAAGAUCCAGAAGGAGGACCUACGGACAGCUCUCUACCUGCUCUUCUCAACAUACGGGCCCGUCCUUGAUGUGGUCGCGCUCAAGACCCAUAGCAUGAGGGGCCAGGCGCAUAUUGUCUACCGCGACAUACAAACUGCGACACAGGCCAUGAGGGCACUGGAUGGGUUCAAUUUCCUGGGACACGAGAUGAAAGUGUCGUACGCCAAGUCCAAGUCCAACGUGGUUGCGAAACUCGACGGGACUUUCAAGAUCCCAACAUCUGCCAACCAACAGGCCGAGAUGACCGACCUGCAGCAGAGUAUAUUCAACGCACCACCUCCGGGCUCAGCGGCCGCUGCACCACCCGGCCCAUCAGGUCUGCCAAUAAAACCACCCGCCGCGGCCGGUCAGCCAACAGCCAGCGCGGACGACGCAGAGAACAGGGGACAGAAACGGCCGCGGGAGGACGAGGACGAGGACGAGGACAGCGACGUGGCGAUGGAGGAGGACAGCGACGAUGACUGAUAGCGUAUUGCGUGGUCGAUUGGGAACGUCUCGUGGCAGGGUUGAAAGUCAGAACGCUCUGGGUCGACGGUGACUCAGUCCAUGGCCAUUUCCUUCGGCACCCACAGGCCAACGCAGCCCCCGACGAGGCCUAGCCACACCAUGAGGUAAUUCUCCUUGGAACAGUCGAAGAUCGACACCUGAUCGCCGAGGAGACAUGGAUGUACGAAGAAGCUGGGGACACCCGUGAGAGGGUGGUACUGUUUGUUGGUGUGUUAGUAUUAUGGACACCUGGAUACCGCAAAAGGACCAAUAGUUGACUUAUUGGCAGCAAAAGCAAACACAUACAUCCGCUGAUAUGCCGCCAAUUCCGCCUAGCUUUCGAAGCCCGUCCUUGUACUGGUCUGGAACCAGACGGCGGAAGACGGUGUCGAUGUUGAAGGCCGGUUCGUCUGAUGGUAGGCCAUGCAGACUGAACCAGAGGCAAGGCACUUGAUACGUCGGAUGAAGAUGAAUCUCAUAAGUGACAUAUCCAAAGUCUGGUGGCUUUCGCACCGGGUGUAUUGCUGCCUGAUUUUAUAUAAGCAUCAGACUUGUAAUCGGAACAACAACUUUAGCCAUACUGAAUCUGCCUGCUCUGCCUCGGCCAUCUCGUGAUCCUCCGUGCUUGUCAUGUCCUUGUCUCCGUCGCCGAACGAGAAAUUGUCUAGGCAUGAUGACAGGUCGCCAUCAUCCAGCUCGCCAUCAAGAGGCCGGAUGAUCUGCACGUAAGUGGCGUACUCGGCCGAGGUGGAGAAAGACACAUCGAGUGCCCUACAGACCCUCAGCUUCCACCUGCGCCUCACAGGCCCCAGAGUCGCUUGGGUGUAACGCCGAUCGAUGUGAUGGCAGACCUCUGCGAACUCAUCGGCGUCUAGGUUCGGGUAGUUCCUGAAGUCGGCGCCGAUCUUGUGCGGCGCAGCCAUCGCUGGCUACAAGGCCGUCUGGACUUUGACAGCGCGGGGGUGAAUUGCGGCUCCAAAGUCAAUCGGCGAGAAGGUGGCCCACAUGAGAUGAAAGCAUAUUUGUGGUGGAUUGAGUGACACUGGGUUAGUGGGUUUGGUGACGCUUUGUCUGCUUGUC